CCUGCAAUACCAUCAGAGUAGUGUGUGCUCUUCUCGCCGCUCUCCACAUUUCGCCCUUAUCAGCUCCAAGUAUAAUAAUAUUGCUAUCCCUGAAAAGUGAUUUAAUGUGAUAAAUAAUGAGUGUCAUCGCAAGGAGUUUAAUGAAUAUGACUCGUUCAUACGUGGCCAACCCUCUCCAAGGAACAAUCUCCAACCUUGCAAGAUUAUGCGUCAACAAUACAUUCACAGGAUUCACUGAGGCAAAGAGGUUCGGCGCCAGUCUUUGGAGUAUGCAUAUACACGGGCCUCACGUUAAAAACCGCCCCCCAAAAAAAAUAUUGAACGGACAGCCCUUUGCCAAGGGAGUGGUGAUUAAGACCCUAAUUAGAAAACCAAAGAAGCCGAACUCAGCAAACAGAAAGUGUGUACUUGUUAGACUGUCUUUCGGCAAGGAGAAGAUUGCUUAUGUGCCAGGGGAAGGGCAUAAUCUACAGGAGCACAAUAUUGUCCUUUGCAGAGUGGGAAGAGUUAAGGAUUGCCCUGGAAUAAAAAUCAAGUGCGUCAGAGGAAAGUACGAUUUACCUCAUGUGGUCAAGAAAGAACGUUGAAACCUUCAAGUGUGUUUGAAUACAUUUAAAUAGCGAUCUAAUUGAUUUCGAUUUACAAUAAAGAAAAUAUAAGUAAAUGGCAGAAAGAA